AUGCAUAGAAGCGACGAUUCUAUUUGGUGGAGAGAUUUGUGCAACAUUAAUGCGUUGGAUGACAUUAUCGAUAACGGCUUUUCCGGUUGCUUCAAAUGUUUUUGCAAGAGCGGUAAGGACAUUCUCUUUUGGCAUAAUAGGUGGUUGGGAGAACAAUCUCUUUGUUUGGAAUUCCCGGAUUUGUAUGAAUUAUCAACCAAGAAGUUUUGUACGGUGGAGGAGGUAUUUGAGUGGAACGGCGGAGUUCCUAGGUGGGAUUUGGACGGCCUUUUUUCGGCUGAUUCUGUCCAUGGCGCCCCUGUCACAACCGCGGCAGCAGCUGGCAGUAGCUGGGCCCGGUUGUGCGGCUGCCUUCAUGCGUUCAGUCCUAGCGUGAAUGCCCGCGACACUUUUUUGUGGUCCAUUGACGAUAACAACGACUUCACCGUUGCGAGCAUUUCUUCCAUGAUUGAUAGCGCUAAGUCAAUUGCUUGGGAUUAUCAAGUGAUCAACUCGUUGAAGGUGAUGUGGGAUCUUAAACUCCCGCCCAAGAUCAAGGUCUUUACUUGGCGCUUCUUCAUUGAUCGGCUUCCUAAUAGAGAUCAAUUAUUGAAAAGAGGUGUUGCUCUUGACUCGUGCCCGAAUUGUGUGAUGUGUGGCUCCUCUCUUGAAUCCUCAUCCCAUCUUUUCUUCAUUUGUCAAGAGGUGAAAGCGGUUUGGAAUCACAUCUUCAUUUGGCUCGGUAUAGCGGAGGAGGUCAAUGCGCAAGACUUUUUUAGUUUCGAAGUUGUUCAAGAUAAGGUGAAGUGUUGCAAGCGUAGAAUCGAUAUCAAUUUCGUUUGGGUAGCUACUAUUUGGAGUCUUUGGCUUAUGCGGAAUGCCAUGAUCUUUAGGGGGGAGGUAUUUAGCUUUGAGGUGGUUUGUACUAACAUUGUGUUUCUCUCUUGGAGAUGGUUGGGUUGUGGAUAUACUAAGUUUAAACCAAACUACUACGAAUGGUUUAAACUUCCUUUAUCCGACAAUCGUUUACCAUAG